AGGACCCCACCCUCCCCCGUCCUCCCAGGGCCAGAGCCCCUCGCUCCUCAGACAGAGCUGGUGGCAGGGAGCCCCCUCCGUGCCUCCUCCCUGGGUCCUUGCCGGGCCCUGGCCUCAGGGACCUUGAUGUCUGGGAUGUCCCACAGGGGACCAGUUGUUGAACAAGAUAGCUCUGAGUAGUUUAACGAAAAACACAAGCCUAAUGACGGUAGCUAGUUAUCGUGUGGAGCUACCUUAGGUGGGGGGUUGGGGGGUGGCCGGUUAAGGUCUUGCCAGGAGAUAACUAGGGAGCUGAAGCUCAUGGGAGGGGGCUCUUAGGCCAUUGUCAGUCUUGUGGAAAGUCCCCGAGUGCUACAGGCAGGGAGGUGACCGGGUCUGAGUCACAUUAAGAUGAAUUUGGUGGUUUCUGUGAGAACCAGGCAGGCAGGGGCCCAGGCCUCAUGGAACCCCCAGCUGGCCGUGUCAGAGGGGGAAAAGGUUAACUAGGUAACCAGGAUGGCAGAAAAGACAGGUGGGCAUUCCCGGCAGAGGAAUGGCAGGUGUCAAGGCCCUGUGGCAGCAGGCAUUGGUGCGUCAGGGAACGCAGAGGAGGCCGGGGUGUCUGGAGAAUGAGUGGGAGUGGGGAUGUCAGGUGACCAGCAGGGUGGGAGACCGUGCUGGGGUUAGGCAAGGCUCUGCCUCUCCUCGGGACUUGGGGCUGCCCCAGCCCCCCAGCUGAGACCUGCUGCACAUCUGUGAGGUGGAGAGCGAAGCCCGGGCCUUCUUGUGUCCAUAAACCGCGCUGCCAUUCGCUCCCUGUUGGUCUUGGGCAAGUCGUUUGCGCCUCGUCGUCCUCACAUAGAAAGGGGAACUGACAGCUGGGCCCUGGAACUGACCUCCUGGCCCACAGUCAGUACCCAGGAAACUCGAGAACAAGUCGCUAAACUAAAGCAGGCCCUGCAGGGGGACCGUGCCCAUGAGCUGGGGCCCUGCUCCCCGGGAAUUCCUGUGUUCAGCGACUUGAAAGGGCUCCCGUGCUUGGCACGUUGGGGGUCACCCGACCCCCAGGAACCUCCUGCACCCCGACUCCAGGCUGGGGGCCAGGAGCUGGACACAGAGAUGAGUGUGGCAGGGCCCCUGUCCUGGGGGGCCCUGGUGCGGUAGGAGAGACAGUUGGCUCUCAGGCACCGGCCCUGGCUCCAAGGUCCUGUGGCUGUGACGCCCAGCACAGGGCCCACGUGACACUGGGGGGGGCCACCCAGGGGUCUCAGCCCAGGACAGGUGGCCCUUCCCGCCCCGCUUCCUUAGACCCCAGCACCGCUAUGGAGCUGAUGCCUCGGUCCCCUGGGGCCUCGUAAACAUGAGUCUGUGGACCGCACCCCGCAGGUGACCGUGAGCCCCGGAGGCCUCGGGGUUAAACAUGAGUCUGUGGACCGCACCCCGCAGGUGACCGUGAGCCCCGGAGGCCUCGGGGUUAAACAUGAGUCUGUGGACCGCACCCCGCAGGUGACCGUGAGCCCAGGAGGCCUCGGGGUUUGCGAAGCUCCGGAUGCUGGGUGGCACAUUUACAUGCUGACCACCUGGCUUGUCAGCACAGCUCCCAAGCUGGGGACUGGAGGCCCUGUCUCCUGACCCACCUCCCAACCUAGAGACCCUUCCCACCAGCUCACCUUUCUCUUCGUCCGGUGGUCCGUGUUUUCGGGGCCUCUCUCCCUCUGGCAUGUGUGUGACCUCCCUCCAUUUUGCUUUGCUUACCUGGUUUCCACGGGGGUGGCUCUCCCUGCCUCCCUGGCUCCUUCCCCCCGGACACGGGACCCAGGCACCAUGGCCUUUCCUCACGGCUGUCGCAGGCUCUGAAGGCGCUCUCCUGGAGGGGGAGCCCGUGCAGCCAGGCCACGCCACAGCACUGCCUGACUGCCCCCGGAGGCGUGCCAGCCGGCGGAGCGGCCCGGCAUCAUCUCAGCACGAGUCUGAGAUUCUUCCAUUCCCAAAUCCAGAGAGGAACUUCGUCCUUCCAGAAGAAAUCAUUCAAGAAGUCCGAGAAGGAAAAGUGGUCAUUGAGGAGGAUACGAACGAGGAAAUGAAGGAAGACGUGGACCCCCACAAUGUGGCCGAUGAUGUUUUUUCAUCUUCAGGAAGCUUGGGGAAAGCAACAGAAAAGUCCAGCAAAGACAAAGACAAGAGCAACUCAGACUUGGGGUCCAAAGAGGGGCCGGACAAGCGGAAGCGCAGCCGGGCCACCGACAAAGUCCUGACCGCCAACAGCAACCCCUCCAGCCCCAGCGCGGCCAAGCGGCGCCGGACGUAGACGCUCACAGCAGGCAGGCACCGUGGUCACCAGGCAGUCGGGUCAAAUGCCACUGGGCCUGCUGCCUGCCCUCAGGUGCCAGAGGCUCCCGCGGUGCCACUCAGAUCGCCUGGGCUCAGAUGGCCCCUGACGACCGGAACAGGACCCGUUCAGAUGCUGAGACCCAAGAGGUGUGAGCCCAGGCCACGAUCACGCCGGACACUCGUGGCUUCGUGACGACGGCUGAGCUGCACCUGUGGCUAACUGUUGGCACGGGCCUGCAAACCAGGCUGCGUGGGCAGAGAGCGGGGCACAGCCAGCAAUAACACACCGACCCCCUCUGUGCUCUGAGGAGCCCCGGUCUUCCCGUUUGUCCAUCUGUCUACCGCUGUCAACUGACUGCGGCCUCAGGAGAGCGUCAGGCCGCGGGCACCGGCCCCUCCGCCACCCGAGAGACUGAGAACUGGGUGUUUUGCCUCACUCACUUGUACUGUAACGAUGUAUAUAAUUUGGUUGAUGUUUCACUAUUUAAUUUUUAAGGAGCCUAUUUUACUAGUGUUUUAUAUGGAAAAAAAAUACUGCAGAAGUUAAACCUGUGUUGUAUUUUUUCUGAGAUGUUUUGUUUUAAGGUAACAGACUACUGAGAUAAUUUUUGCUCAGUUUUUAUAUGCCGACACAGAGAAUUUGUAGCGGUUAUUUUUGUAUUCUCAAGUAACUUGCAACAGACCAAAUGAGCAUGUGGAGGGAGGCAGGCCGUGGGGCUGACCCGCCGCAGCCUGGGCCCCGGGCUGACCGAGGUACGCUUGUGUUUGACUGAGGGACAUUAAAACACAAAAAGCAA